CCCUGACCCGGCAGCAGAUCGUCAGGGAGUGGUAAGAUGGCGGCGGUGGAGCGGGGCUGAGAUAUAUACACACAGAGAGAGAGGAGUCGGUAAUGGUCAGCUCUGACAUGCUCUCACUCUGCUAAGAGGGAGCGACUGUCCGCUAGUCCAGCGCGGUCCGGACCCGGCCCAGCAACAUGUCCAUGGAGGACCCCUUCUUCGUGGUGAAAGGCGAAGUGCAGAAAGCGGUGAACACUUCUCAAGGAUUGUACCAGAGAUGGACAGAGUUACUGGCAGAUCCCUCUUCAGCCAGCAAGGAGGAGUGUGACUGGACAACAAAUGAGCUUCGGAAUAGUCUCCGUAGUAUCGAGUGGGACUUGGAGGACCUCGAUGAAACUAUUAGUAUUGUAGAGACAAAUCCUCGGAAGUUUAACCUUGAUCCUGUAGAACUGAGUAAGCGGAAAGCAUUCAUCAUCAAUACAAAGCAAAUCGUGAAGGAAAUGAAGGACCACAUGUCCAGUUCCUCGGUGCAGGCAUUAGUGGAGCAGAAGAACAGACAGACUUUGCUAAGCGCCAGAGGAAACCAGGGACUGAAUUCCACUUCCGAUAAAUACAGCCGACUGGACCAAGAGCUGCAGGCAGCAAAUUCGCAAUUUAUUGAGGAUCAGCAUAUGCAACAGCAGCUGAUCACAGAGCAGCAGGAUGAUCAGCUGGAGCUGGUAUCAGGCAGUAUCGGUGUUUUGAAGAACAUGUCACAGAAGAUUGGGAACGAGCUGGAUGAGCAAGCAGUCAUGCUUGAUGAGUUCUCUUAUGAGUUGGAUAGUACCCAGUCGCGGCUGGAUAAUGUAAUGAAGAAACUGGCCAAGGUGUCCCACAUGACCAGUGAUCGGCGUCAGUGGUGUGGAAUUGUCAUUCUACUUAUCGUCUUGAUCGUGGUGCUGAUAUUAUUGUUCACCAUCUAAACCUGAACUGUUUGCAUUGGAGAGGGAGAAUGGAAGAGCAGGCGCAAAAGGCUAAACAAGAGAACAGCUCUGUAUUUUGUGGUGCGUGCUUUCCACGGGUCAGCCUGGUUGUGAAGUGUUUCUCCAGCAAAUGUGUCGUCCUAAAUCUGACUAUCGAAUUUACCAAGUGCAGAAUUAUUGUUUUAUUCCAGUCAUUCAUUUACAAAAAUGCCGAAAUGAUAAAACAGGUCUCUUCCUCACCUCCCCCUCUAUCUCUCACACAACUCUGGGGGUAGGAGAUCCAUUGUGAGGUACUUCUCCAAAUUACUGUUUUACCUUUUUUUGAAAAACUAUGUAAUAUUUGUAUGUUUUGGAUCAACAUCUCUUAGUGCCUUAAGCAAAUGAAAUAGGCAGUUUGCCAUUUUAGCUCACUGGUAGCCUGUGAAGGCUGUGUGUUUGACCCCUGUGAUACAGCCCGUUCAUGUUUGACUAGAUGUAAUCAGCAGUGAGUGUUUGCCUGUUUCUGACUGCAUGGCUGAUAAAGCUAGCAACCAUUUCACACUUCUGCCCUUGACUGACCCAUUGUUCUCAUGAGGAUUUGGUGGAUUGGGUAAUGAGCUAGCACUGGGGGGGAAAACUGCACAAACCAACUCCAAUCCCUGACCACAACUGACAUGUAGGAAUCCACCACACUCUUAGCCCAAACUCCUGUACAUCUUGCAGGCCUGUCACAUUUGGAGGGCAACUUUGUUUGGCGACAUUAACACAAACUAAUCUUGGUCAAAUAUGCGUGCACGCCCAGCACCACACCCUUUUGAGGUAGUCAGUGGUCUGCUACUGAUGUCAUUAAUACAGAAGACCAGACUGAUGUUCUGAGGACAUCGGUUCAAAUCCCAUCACAGCAUCAUGUGUAAUGUAACUUCAGUUAAUAAAUCUGCAAUUGAAAACUAGUCUAAGUAGUAAUAACCAUGAGAACCAUUGUUGACUUUUCUAAAACAAAUCAGAGAACCAAAUGCCCUUUAGGGAAAGAAUAUAUCUGCCAUCGUUACUUGGUCUGGCCUACAUGUGACUCCAGACCACAGUAAUUUGGUUUAUUCUUAACAACUCUCUGAAAUGCCAGAGCACCAAAUGCUGGCCUUGCCAGUGACACUGACAUGAAUGAAGAGAUUAAAAACUACCCUUCCCCCAGUUAGAUAACAUCAUUGCAACAAUUAGCGCAACACAUUUUUGGAAAAACAUAGAUAUGAGGUGCAAGGGUCAAGUAACAUUGUUUGCAAGGGUGGGAGUGCACCUAGAAUAAUAACUUGGGCAGAGUUUUAGACUGCACAUGCCAACUGCUCACCAGUCUCCAUCAAUGUUUAUUAUCUUUGUUCUCCCAUUGCCCCCAAACUUCCUCUAGACUGCAAGUCCAAUUUGGUGUUUGCCUUUAAAAUCAGCUUCUCUCCAGGCCUUCAGAUUAAAAAUGGUAUUGCAGAACAUUUUUGAGUGAACCUUUACAAUGUGUACACAACUUCACACUACAGUUGGCAUACUUAAAAUGUCCUUGUGAUUAGAUUGUAGUGAAGUUUGUGCCUAUGUCGCCUGCGUUUUGUACCUGUAUUUUGCACUGACUGUAAUGAGACACUACUUUCUGCUAUCUUUUGUUCAUCUCUGUGGAGAAAUAACAGCUAAAUCAAUUAGACUGCCAGUGCACGCCACUCAAAAAACCCUUGCGUUCCUUAAUUGGGGCCAAUUUGUGCCUGUAGACCUUCCACUUGCCCAUUCUGUCACUUGCAGUUUGCAUUGAAAUUCCUCACUGCCAGCCUUGCUCCGACAACAUGAAUCCUGCAGGGUAUGAAUAUUCCCAGGUUCAGUCCCUGCUCAGUGCUUAUCUCUGUGUAGCAGUAGAGGGGGUGUGGUGCUUUGAGGUUAGCUUCUGCGCCCCUUGAUUUUGGAGGAAGGGACAGGAUGUAAACCAGAUCUCCAAUUCCUAGUCACCAGUAAGUGACCUACUGCACUGCGUCUGUGUGGACUUUGGAUGCGAGCAGAACAAGGCUUGAAUUGAAACACUGCUCAUAUGAAUGCUUUCUGACACUGGGUGAAUAGACAUGGGUUAGGUGUCUGGAACUGUACUUAGUAUCUCCAGGCAAGAAUGGUGGUGAUGGAAGGUUUUUGGGGAGAGCUGGGAUCAUAUUGGAACAUGAAUUUGUUAGUGAUAAUUAGCUUCAAAGCAAUUAAGGGAUGAUCUAAUUGAGGCGCUUGAAAUGAUUAAAGUCAUCGGAAGGAUGGUUCAAGAAAACCUUGCUCAGCCAACAUUUAAAAUUGAAACUGGUUCAUUGGACAAAUCUACUUUUUUAAAAUAGUAUCUUUGUUUUUGUAAUGCAAUGUUAGCUGACGUAUUUGGGUGUAAUUUAAAAUAAAACUGUUGUCAGGGCUGUUACAAUCACUGUAAAAGUUAAAUUAUCCAGCAGUAUUUUAAUGUGGUCCAAAACCCAUGUUGAAUGUGAUGUUCCCAUCGUUCAGACAGACCUGUUAGAGGGCCCUUGAGAAGAAGCUGCCUGCUGAUAGCUUCACGCAACUAAGCAUUGAAGAGUGACACGUGCUGCCCUGGACUUGCCAGGGGAGCAGUAAAGGAACAGUGACCAAUUUCUUUCACCACUGCAGGCCACAUUGCAGAUGUACCUCCCGAGUUAUUUAGUAGGGUGGUGGAGGGUCAUGGCCUCCGACACUGUGUAGAUGCCGAGAGUGGCACUGUACGUAAGCAGUCUCUCCUGAGUCUGAAAAUCAUGGGUUUGUAACUGUAAUUGUGCAUGUAAUUUAGAUUCACGUUCCCAGUGCUGUGCUGCACUGUCAGGCUGCUGUCUUCUGGCUGAGGUCCUCUCUGGUGUCUCCAGAGAACAUAAAACAUCUCACCAUCGUUUUGAAGAGCAGGGCUGACCUGGACAAUGUUUAUCCCUCAUCCAACGUCAGUUUUUUUUUUAAAAAGAAUGUUGUAGGCUUGUUAUCGCAUUGUUGGCUGUGGGAUCUUGCUGUGCACAAUUUGGCUGCCAUGUUUCCUUGAUUGCAAAAAUGACUACAUUUCAGAAGUACUUAAUUGGCUGUUAAAAUGCUUGGGGAUGUUCUCGAGGGGAAUUGCAAGUUAUCUUUGUGUCUUCUGAUUUCUCUUUUGCAAUCUGGUGUGUAAAUAAAUGAUGUAUAGUUAACCCCUC